AACGCCGCCUCACACACUCCACACUCCACACUCCACACCUACUUUACGGCCCCCCGAGUCCCGAGUCCCGAGCCCCGUUAUGUCUUUGACCCCACCAGCAUCGGCUACAACGCCAAUGGCGGCGGUGUCGCUUACUACCACGACACACAACGCGUCCGUCGGAACGGCCUCAAAACGGCCUCCACCCCCGUGUCCUUGGUCGGGACCAGCACAUCUCCAGUCGUUGCUCCUGCUGCAGAGGAGGCUGCUGCUGGAGCUGCUGGUGCUGCUGCUCACCCAGUGCCUCCGGGAGGCACACAAGCACCAACAUCUGGAGCGAUGGACAAGUUUGUGCAGCCAUAUGUUCCAGGGAGUAAUGAGGCUGCGCACAUCUUCGUCUUGGCGAACAAGCCUGCAGCCGCUGCCGCCGGUCGCCAGCGGAGGAGUGUUGCUGCGGCUCCGGCCACGGGAGCAAGUGACAACAGCACAGGCAAGCGAUCUCGAGGGGUGAACGGACUUUCGUCCUCCAACCCGAAAACUAUUUCGGCAAGCUCACGCUGCAGGACUUUUCCGGGUGAGGGCCUCGUCGUUUCCGCGGGCGCCCUCUAUUGCGAACCGUGCGCCAAGCGCCUGGGGACUUGCCUCUCCACGAUCAGGGCCCAUUGUGGACUCCUGAAGGACGGUAGUCACAAGGCGGAACCCAACCAGCACAUGCAGAAGCUGGAGGUGCACUUGGCCGCAGAGUUCGAGGCGCCUAACAGGAAGACUCGCUUCACGCAGUACUGCAACAAGAGGCGGGCCGUAUACGGGAAGACCGUCGAUCCCGAGGUCAACGACAAGCGCUGCAAGCUAAUCACUCAAGUCAUGGGUGCCGGAAUAUCACUCUCCAAGCUUGACCCUCUCCGGAGCAUGUUCACCAGCCUCGGAGCAGACAUGGUGGGGUCAUCGAAGUCGAAGGAGUACAUCGGCUUCAUCAACGAGGAGCAGAUUCGCUCCAUUCGUCAGGACAUCCUUGGCAAGGACAUCGGUAUUGCCAUCGAUGGGACGCCUUUCAACGGCACGGAGACGUUCGGCGUGGUUGUUCGCGCCGUGGGAAAAGACCUCGCAGUCAUAAAGCGCCUCGUCUCCCUUCGCAUGCUGGAGAGCGCCAUGAACAACCGCAACAUUGCCGCUGAGGUGAUCGACGUCGUCAGAGACAGGCUGGAUAUCUCCGAUCGGAACCUCGUGAAGAGUUUUCAGUUCGAUGGCUGCGCCGCCAACCGCAAGGCUAUGAGGGACGUGUUGCCCGGCUUCUUCUCGCAGGCCGUCUACAUCGCAUGCUGCAGCCACCUCAUGGACAACUCGGGGAAGCAGAUCGAUGCGCCAAGGGCCAGUGAUUUUAUGCUCAAGACCAGCAGCGUGUUCAGCUACAGCUUCCACGCGAAGCGCGAGCUCGUGAACAGGGCAGGGAAGACGUGGCCGAGGUUUGUCAACCACCGGUGGGGUUCCAAGGCUGAGGUGUUCGAGUUCCUGAGCACCCAGCUGCCGGCCAUCGAGGACUUCAUCCGCACCUUCCGCAACUCCGACGGGAGGCGCAACAAGACAUGCCAGGCGCUGCAGGACAAAUACCUGGACAACGUCCACGAGCGCAGGUUUCUGCUCCUGGAGCUUGCCAUGUACAGGGACGUCUUGUUGACGUUCAAGACAGCAUGCUUGGCAUUGGAGGGGGACGAUGCCCUGGUGUUCAAGGCGUACGACAUCAUCCAGAAAGUGGUGACAACCCUGCGGCUGGACGACCUGAACGCCUACGUGUCCCUCCCCAACGUCGAAGCUCUGCUCCGAGGAAACCACGAGGGCACACCGGAUGAGGCCACGUUAGCCUCUUUGCGCUCACACGUCACGGGCUGCCUCAAGGACAUCCGCAGCUACUCAAGCAGCCAGUUCGGCGACGGCAUGGAGGUCAAGUUCCGCCGCGAGCUUGACCUCUUCAAGGCCGCGCGGAUCAUCAACCACGUGCACGUCCGCCAGCAACCUCUCGACGACAUCGACCCCGAAGUGUUGAGCAUCUUUCCUUUCAUCAGUUCGGGCGACAUCACCAACCUCCGCGCGGAGAUGCCCGAGUACAUGAACGCCGUCACCCGCGUGAGGUCGACGUACCCGGUGCGGAGUUUCUGGGUGGACAACGCGUCAACUCUUCCCGCGUGGUACGCUGUCGUGGAGAAGCUGUGGUUGGUGCAGCCUUCGUCAGCUAUGAUGGAACGUGUUUUCUCCGUCCUCAACAACGUGUUCGGAAAGCAGCAGCUAUCUUGUCUGAACGACCUCGUGGAGACGACGGUCAUGGUGCGGUUCAACGAGACUGACCGCACCAAGGGGUCGGCUGCCCAAGCUGCAGCCUUGGACGACGAGGAAGAACACGAGGGAGGGCCUGCCCAAGCUGCAGCCUUGGAGGACGAGGACGACGAGGAUGAGGGCGACGAGGACGAGGACGAGGAAGACACCGGGAGCGGACAGGACUAAAAGAAACACACAACAAGUCGUGUGUGUAGUUGUUUGACGUCACACCGACCGUCACAGGCCUUGGACAUGACGCAUUUUUCCUUGAUGGUAGUCGGACGAAACAUCGCGCUCUUACUGUUGGGUGUGGUGUGUGGUGUUCUCUUGGAGAUCGUGCGUUUGAUGUAGCAAUUAGUUUUAAAAUUGGUUGCAGAUUUGCAGCGAAGGGGCUCAACCAGAGUACCAUAUUAUUGAUGUUUUUCUUGCUUGCGUUGCAAAUGGCAAAUGGCAUGCGUGCGCCUUGCUGGCACCCCCGGGUACCCACGUUACAGUAGAAAGUAGAUAUCUUGCAACGGCUCUGUGAACCAACGAACGCGUCUACUACUCUGUUGACUCAAGAUAGAAAUGAGCAAAAAUAAACGUAAAACCUGGAUCGUUUUUGGUACAGUAGUGUCGUACCAAGGGUAUAUAUACCAAGAUAACCAGAGGGUCUCUAGG